AUGAGUCUCGCCGAGGCACCGUCGCUCAAGAGCGGCCAGAUGUACUCGCCCAGCAAGAGCCUGUCGGACAGCGCUGGCUAUGGCGACUCGACGGCGCCUCGAACAGCCGACGCAGCAGGGCCAGAGUCUCGGACAGACGACGGCAGGAAGAAUGGAAAGAGCAAGAAACGAAGCCUCUUUGGCUUCGGCAAGAAAAAGGCAGAAACCUCGUUCCGGUCAGCUUCCAGCGCCGAGCCCCCGUCUCUGUCGAGGGACGCCUCGAGGCUUUCGUCAACGUCGCAGGCGACCUCAUCACCCACCCAAAUCACCAACGCAACCGCGGCCACCACCCAAAGUGAGCCCGGGCCUUUCGUCAUCCCUUCCUCUCCGACUCGGGCGCUGUCGACAUCGCCUCGCGUGUCUUCCCCGGCCGGCUCCCAAAUCUUCGAGCGAGACGUCCAGGACAGCACCGUGCUCAAACCCAGCUCGCCCGCGAUCCCGACGCACAUCCAGACGGAAAACUACAUACCCCCCGUGCUUGACGACGCUUCCGAGGCCAUCACCAACGAAAAGCUGAACCCCGACGCUGUCGAGAUCGUCACCCACACCUUGCACCAGCCGGCGUCGACGUCGAGCGAGUGGGCCGCCGAGCUGGCCUCGUUUGCAGAUCGCGUGGGCCUGCCGCCGCCCGACAAUGCCUCCAACUAUGGCUCGCUCGACUCUGCCGAUGUACGCCGGCUAUCCUUUAUCUCCUUUGCCGACGUCGUCCAGGCCGAGCACACUGGUCACGCUGGCACGGCCGAGUCCCGGGACAGCAUCCACUUGGCCGGCCUCACCUCGAUUCCCUCGGCGGCGCUGAACCGCUCUCCGUCGCCAAUCCGGUCGCCCGUAUCUAGCCAAGGACCCGGCACUAGCCCACCGACGAGCAACCCCGGAAGCAUGAAGGGCGUCGACCUUAGUCCCUUGCGCAAGCCGGUGACAAGUCCGAGCAGCGGCGGUCAGCUCAACCUGACAGCCCCGACCAACGACUUGAACAUUGAAACUAUGAGGCAGGCUCUGAGGCGAACGGGAAGCUCAGACCUUAGCAACGUCCGGAGCAUGCCGACCAGUCCAAUCGAAGGGCCCGUGUCGCGCUAG